GCUCUCUCUUCUCCCCCCGAUCCCUUCUUGCGACCUCGUCUCGGACUCAACCAGACCGAAAAUAGAGGUCCCCCGGUCGCCGCCCGCCGCCAGCCACCCUCAGUCCACCGCCGCCGCCCCUAUCAUCUCACCGCCCUGUAGCUUCCCUACCACCGCCUGGUAGAAGGCUACCAGCCCGCCCCGCUCCCGUCCUGCCGCCGCGGCCCACAACCAGUCCCCUCGCCUCCACCAGCCACCACCAUUCUCCUGCCGCCGCCCCCAUCUCGUGGGUUCCCCCCGUCUCAAAUCGUGCGUGCGCAAGCCUUUCAAUCGAAGGCCCCCUCCAACCUGGCCCGUCGCUCGCCUCUCUAUUAUCGCUCUUAGCUGCCAGCAGCAGGUUGAGGGUUUGUGGCCGACGCAAGGAAGGGAUAGGACAGGACGACACCAAGCUCCUUGGGCCCAGCUGAGUCCCGGCCAUGUCUGGACGUGAAGUCCGUGAGUACACCAAUCUCACGGACCCUAAAGAUAGGAAGUUGGGGAAGGGGAAGGACAAGAUCGACGAUGAGGACAUCACCUUUCAGCGCAUGGUUGCAAAGAUGCAGGAGGUUGCUGGUGAGCGGGGAGGUUACCUUCAUGGACGAGGAGCAUUGGACAGUGAUGAUUUGCUUUACCUCAAAGAGCAAAUGGAGGCUGAGGAAGAUGCAGAGCGCCUUCUUCGCCGUACUGAGAAGCGGGCUUUUGCCGCUUUUAAGAAAGCAGCAAUUUUAGCUGAUUCCACACCUGCAGUUCCCGUAGCCCUUCGUGUCGAGUCUAGACCGAAAAGUGGUAUAAGGCAACAGGAUCUCUUGAAGAACAUUGUUGGGAUAAAACCAAAGCGACCAAAAGUUCUCAACCCUUCGCAAGCUGCGGAGAACGAUCAACCUAAGCAGAGCCAAGAAGUUCCUGUCACCAAAAUCCCUUCCUCGCAAAACCAAUCACUUGAUGAGAGUGAGAAAGAAUCAUCUCAUGGGGCAGUCGGUCCUGUGCAGCAGCCUUUGUCAAAACCAACUGAAGUAACAGACGCCAAGCCACAGAACGUAACUGGAAGCCUACUCGGUCUGGCCUAUGAGAGCUCGGAUGAAGAAUAAUCAAGUGAUGCAGGGGAAAUCAUUGUAGAUUGUGUACUAGUCUUUUCCUUUUUUGCACCGUUGCUAGAUUAUGUUUUUUGUGUCAGGAAUCAGGAUGAUGAGCCUUUUCUUGCGCUAUGUUUCUUUGCAUUCAUCGAACUGGUGGUCUCCCUGGCAGUAAGCGUAGUACUUGCAAUGCACAGCUAAUAUAAACUGUUAGUCAAUCUCACCCUUUAGCCAUCUACUUGUAGAAAUGAGCACUGCUAUAUGUAUGCCUGGCUGUGUAGAUAUUAUUAUCUUUUACCGAUGCAUAGCA